UCAUCAACUGGGCCCACUAAAUUCCUCUCCCCAUCUGAGGUGGCAGAAUUUGGUGGGCCCUAGUAGUGGCGACGGGUAAGAAGAUGAUGAUGUUGCCGUUGCAGACGGUGCAUGGAGGAAGGAGACUGACACUCGCGGCAUCACAUAGAGAAUAUUAGACACGUCUGAGAGACAAAACCAAAGCGACAAAGGCAUAGCUUGACUAAUGGCGUCUCUUCUUAAGUGUUCAAACAUUGUACCCAUCGAACGAUCGCUGCAUCCAUCGGGAUUUCCGGGGCUUAAAAGCGACCCCCAAAUGGCGCAAACCAUACUGCCUAGGUUUUCACUUUCCCCCUUUUGCUCUUCUUACGGUUUCAGAGGAUUGAUUGAGACGUCAGCAGCACCAACGCAACAUCGCCCAUGGCUCAACAAGGAUCCCAUGUUCCCAAGUUUGGCAACUGGGACUCAGAUAACAUACCUUACACGGUUUACUUUGAGAAUGCACGCAAGGAGAGAAGCAAGGGUGUGAGGAUGAACCCAAAUGAUCCUGAAGAGAAUGCAGAGGCCUUCAUCUUCGGAAGAGGGGAAACUGGAAAUGCUGCUGAUUUUCAUGCAAUUUGGGCUCCAGUCCAUGUCGAUACUAACAAGUCAAUGUCAGUCGAAAAGCACCACAGAGAGGGACUCAAACAGCACAACACUCACCGGAGGAACACACAUGAACACCAGAAGAGUGGCAAUCGCAAGAGCACGUCUUCAGAAUCUGGUAACGAGAGAAGCAAUUCUGACCAUUCGCUCCAGCAAAACCGCCAUCCGACGACACGAUCUGCCCAAAAGAAGAAUGUAACUGAGUUGAACAGUUCCACUUCAGGAUUUGAUAGGCUUAGAAGUGGAAGUGGAAGUAAUCGAUCUGAUGAUAUUCUGCGCUCUUAUAACUCAGCAUCAGUGCCCAAAUUUGGAGCUUGGGAUGAAACAGACCCCAAGUCCGGCGAAGGUUUUACUGUCAUUUUCAACAAAGUGAAGGAGGAAAAACAGAUCGCAGCUGCCAAGCUUCCCAUGGUGUCCCCACAACCUAGCAAUUAUACCAACAGUCCAAUGAAAAAGUCUGGAUCAAAGAUAUGUUGCUGUCUCUUCUCAAACGGAAGCGAUUAGUGUUCAUCCACCACCACUGAUUGUCUUUCUUUUGAGCCUAAGCUAAUAUUGGAAAUGCUACCAAUGCUGGUUUUGGUGCCUUCUUGUUGAAGCACAAACAUUAGAUGCAAAUACAAUGGGGAAUAAGGAUGAUGAAUCAACUCUAUAUGUUUAUGAUCUCGAAAUGUUUUGGCCUAUUAAUGGCAUAUACAUGAUGACUCUCGGGUUGAACUUUCAUGGAUUAAAAAAAAUAAUAGGACCACAUAUAUAUAUAUAGGCAAAAUACAUAUUUUAACCCUUUA